UAAAUAAAGAAACCCCGAAGGACAAACAUGUCAAUCAACAUUCUGAAAUCAAAACCUCGACUAGGGUUUUGCCUGAGUUGAAUCUGUUGUCGUUAAUCCAAAGGUUACCCAUUUUCCUGCAUAUUUCUGCUUUCCUGUUGAAUCUCUUCCCCUUAUGAAUGCCAGGUUCUGAUUCGUAGAGAGAGAAAAUGCAAUCGAUGUGUGGAAAACUGCGUCUCGUUGCGAAGCAAGCAUUCAACAAUCUGAAGAAUGCUGAAUUGAAACCAAUCGCAUCCUUUGAUUCGAAAUUAUUCGGUUGUUCGAUUCCUUCGUCGGCGUUCAACAGCUCUCACCGUUCUAAUUUUGCCUCGGAAUUGCUUCUGAGCAAGAAUUUCGGAACUACGAGUUGCGGUAUACCUUCAGCCUUGCGAUCUUGCGGAGGUCUAAGCUUGGCUACGAAUCAUUCGGUUUCUUCAGUACUCACUUUGCCGAAUAGGAAUAUGUCAACAUCAGAAUCUACUUCUCAAGAUGUCUCUGUUUCGUCUGACGUGCCACCUCAGCGCAUAAAAUUCAAGAGGCUCGACAAAACAGCACGGCACAUAAUGCAGAUAAUUGAUAAAGAAUCGGUUGAGGAAGUAAAAGCAGCCAGAGAGAUGCCUGUGAUAAAGCCCGGUUACACUGUUCAGCUGCGAGUGGAAGUACCGGAAAACAAGAGGCGUGUGACAACUUUAAAAGGGAUUGUUAUAGCUAUGCGCAAUGCCGGUUUGAAUUCGACAUUCAGGAUUCGACGGCUCGUCGCCGGGGUCGGCAUAGAAUCGCUUUUCCCGCUGUAUUCUCCAAAUAUUAAGGAGAUUAAAGUGCUGGACAAGAAGAAAGUGCGGAGGUCGAAGCUCUAUUACCUGAGGGGUAAAAUGAACGCACUUAAGAAGCAAUAAAAUUCCUCUUUAGAUAAAUGGAUAUAUAAAAAAAAAAAAAAAAAGGUACGUCUACCGAAUCGACUGAUGAUGGGCUCUCGAAGGAUCUGGAUUUUAAUCUUUUUUUUAUGUAUGUUUGUUUCCUGUUAGUCGACAUUUUGGGGAAACCAGAGAUUGUUACGUUACAGGCUGUCGUUUUAACGCCACUACUUCGAAAAUCGAGUUUACAGAGCCAUCCAUUUUUCUAAGUAUGUAUUGCACACAUGAGUUGUUCUAGGACUUUUGCUUUUAUGGCUUUAUUAUUUUGCAAUUUGCAAUUUGCAAUUUGCAAUUUAUGUUUUUUUCCAUGUGAAUUGUGAUGGUGGCUUUAAUAAUUCUUGAAAUGGCGUUUUUGGUUUCACG